AUGAAUAACUUGCUUUUCUCACUCUGCGCCAUCGCUCCCGCGUUGGCAGCGAUGGGAAGUAGUUAUCAAUCGUCUCAAUUCGAUUAUGUCGUUGUCGGUGGCGGAACUGCAGGCUUGGUCGUAGCCAAUCGACUAAGUGAGGAUCCCAAUGUCACGGUAGCCAUCAUUGAAGCCGGCACCUGGAUCGCAAAGAGCAUUGGAAACCUCAGCGAGGUGCCUGCAUAUGCUUCCGAGCUCCUAGAUGAGAACUUGGUCAACCCGGCCAUAGGCUGGGAGUUUACGACAACUCCACAGGCGGGCUUGAACAAUACCGUGAUUGAAUAUCCACGUGCCAAAGCGGUUCGAAUCUUCUAUAUUUUCUCCCUGUAUUUUACUAUGAACGACAUGGCGUACUCGCGCUCGUCAGUGGGGGCCUAUCAACUCUGGGCCGAUACCGUGGGCGACCAGUCGUACACUUGGGACGGAGUGCUUCCCUAUUAUCUCAAGAGCAUGAAUUUCACACCGCCUGAUGCAUCGACGCGAUUCCCCAACGCCUCAAACCCAAGUUACGAUGCAUCCGAGACAACAAAUACCGGGCCUCUCGACAUCACCUAUCCUGCUUACGCUGAGCCCUGGAGUACCUGGGUGGCCAAGGGGCUCGAGGCCCUUGGCAUUGCCCCCACUGAUGCACUGCUUGACGGGACCCUGAACGGGUCGACCUGGCAGCUGCUAACGGUCGACCAUACGACAGGGCACCGUGCCUCAUCGGACCAAGCAUUUUUGGUCCCGGUACAGAACCGGUCCAACCUCGUCAUCAUCGACGAGACCCUGGCAGAGCGCGUGAUUUUCAGCACCGACAAGGUGGCUACGGGCGUGGAGGCGACCACAGGCAAUACCACAUUUUCCAUCACAGCAACCAAGGAGGUAAUCAUAUCAGCUGGCGUCUUCCAGUCCCCACAGCUCUUGAUGGUCUCGGGCGUUGGACCGGAAGCCUUGCUGCAGCAGUAUGGCAUUCCUGUCGUCGCAGACCUACCUGGCGUCGGCCAGGGUAUGAAAGACCAUAUCAUUAUGCCUCUGACCUAUCAAAUUGAUCUCGCCUACAUAGACGCUUCAGACCCUGCCAUUGUGUCCGAGUUCGACGACCAGGCAUCUGGCCCUCUGACCAACCCUGGCGGUGAUUUUGUCGGGCUAGAGAAAGUACCAGCCUCCCUUAGGGCGAACUGGUCGGCUGAGACCAACGCGACUCUGGAUGCCCUCCCUGCCGACUGGCCUGAGCUUGAGUAUAUCAUGGUGCCAGCGGCGGUAACAAGUGGCGCGACUGCUGGCGUCGCCUAUGGGACAAUAUUUGCGACUCUGGUGGCGCCACAGUCGGUGGGCAACGUGUCCAUCACUUCUGCCAACAUGAGUGUCGAACCAGCCAUCAAUCCGAACUGGUUGACUGCACAGACAGAUCUGGAUAUCCUCGUGGCCGGUUUUAAGCGUGUGCGCCAGAUGGUCGCUUCCGAAGCGAUGGCCCCCGUCAUCGUUGCCGAAGUCCUACCUGGAACAUCGGUCCAGACCGAUGAGGAGAUACUAGAAUACUUCCAACUCGCGGCCACGUCCAACAGCCAUGCCCAUUCGACCAACCAUAUGGGCAACAGCUCUAACCCGAACGCGGUCGUGGGAACCACGGGCAAGGUCUAUGGCGUGACGAACUUGCGAGUAAUCGACGCUUCAAUCUUUCCGUUCUUGUUACCAGGGCCUGGUCCUCAAGCUCAUGUUUACAUGCUUGCGGAGAAACUUGCAGCUGCUAUUCAGCAGGGACAGUAA